UGAAUUCAGCAGCAGGCAUGAGGGCUGGACUACAUUUCCCAGAGUGCAUCUCUAAGAGGACUCUGGGGUGUGUGGCAGAGGCAGCAAUUCUUCCGGGGAACGGAAGCCCAACUUCUCAUGAACAUUUGGAAUUUCCUGGUUUCUGCUGACUCUUGAGGCUUAGGAAGGCGCCCCCAACAGAAUUCAGAGACCUGAUCAUGUCCCUGUAUUGUGGAAUUGCUUGCAGGAGAAAAUCUUUUUGGUACUACAGGCUGCUGUCUACCUAUGUUACUAAGACCCGAUAUUUAUUUGAACUGAAGGAAGAUGAUGAUGCAUGUAAAAAAGCCCAGCAGACGGGGCUAUUUUACCUCUUUCAUAACCUGGCUCCUUUGCUUCAAAAAUCAGAAGAUCAAUACCUGGUCCCCCAGCAUAGCCUGUUAGAGUUGAAAAGGCUUCUGGGUAAGUUUGGACAUGAUACAAAAAGAAUAGAAGAUUCUGUGCUGAUUGGAUGCUCCACACAGCAUGAAGCAUGGUUUGCUCUGGACCUAGGUCUAAACAGCAACUCUUCCAUAAAUGCUUCCUUAAAGAAACCUGAUAUAGAGACUGAACUCAAAGGAUCUUUCAUCGAGCUGAGGAAGGCUCUUUUUCAGCUGAAUGCAAAGGAUGCCUCCUUACUAUCCACGGCUCAGGCUCUGCUCCGUUGGCAUGAUGCUCAUCAGUACUGCAGCAAAAGUGGGCAGCCCACUGAAAAGAACAUGGCUGGUAGCAAACGUGUAUGCCCUUCCAGUAAGAUUAUCUAUUAUCCACAGAUGGCGCCCGUGGUGAUCACUCUGGUAUCAGAUGGGACUCGAUGCCUGCUUGCCCGCCAGAGUUCCUUUCCCAAAGGAAUGUAUUCUGCCUUGGCAGGUUUUUGUGAUAUAGGUGAAAGUCUGGAAGAGACUAUUCGGCGGGAAGUUGCAGAAGAAGUGGGAUUGGAGGUGGAAAAAUUGGAGUACUCUUCAUCCCAGCAUUGGCCCUUCCCUAAUAGCUCACUCAUGGUUGCUUGUCAUGCAGCUGUGAAGCCAGGGCAGACAGAGAUCCAGGUGAACCUGAGAGAACUAGAGGCAGCUGCCUGGUUCAGUCGUGAUGAGGUGGCUACAGCUCUGAAGAGAACCAACCCAUACACUCAGCAACAGAAGCAGAAUGGGGCUUUCCCAUUCUGGUUGCCCCCCAAGCUAGCGAUUGCCCACCAACUGAUUAAGGAAUGGGUAGAAAAACCAACUUGUUCUACUGUGCUUGCUUAAUUUUUAACAAGCCACCUAGAUCCCUCUAUUCUGGUAGGUCAUAUCAGAGAUAAAGGGGAAGUGGCAAAAAGCCAUGUCCAAGACAACGUCAAUAUAAGAGAGAACAAAGGUAAACCUACAAUGAGACACCCCAAAGAAAUUCCUAAUUAGGAAAACAAAAAUACCAAUGUGAGAAAAAAAAUUGGUAAGAUGACAAAUGUUCAUCAGGAGGAAGGUUGAAGCACUAGUAAGCCUUGGGUUUGGCAUGUGACUUGUUAAUGUCAAAAUGCCUGGAAUAAUUUCAGGGCCCUCCCUGGUGGCGCAGCAGGUUAAAGCACUGCACUAAGAAGCUAAAGCCACUUCCACAG